AUGGUUGUUUUUGUUUCGCGCCAAAGCGCUCGGGUGUUAGCAACUAAAUAUACGUUCGACGCCCAACGGAACGGCAUUGUGUCCGAUAUGAUCGUGACCGGCCCGCCGAGGUGCCUAUUAGCUCCCCAGCUUGCGCAACCUCCAUGCCUUCAGCGGGUCCGCGUGAUCUCGAUGAAAAGGCUGCUCAAAACAUAUUCGGCUCGCUUCACGACCCGUCAAUUCUUAGCGCCCCCCAAGCAUCGU